AUGUACACAGACGAACUCGUCAGUGCCAUGCGUCUCCACUCUGACGACCUCAGUGACUACGCUGCCAGUUCAACAACGUCGUCGACAACUAGCAGCACGGGCUCUUCGACAACGCCUACUCUUCCUCCAACUUCGCCCACGAUCAAUCCACCACCCAAUACCAACACACCCUCCAACUCUGCAAGCAGUGGAACCAGCUUGGACACCAGCAGCUCUUCCUCUACACCCAGUGUGACAGCGACCAUUCCGCCGACUAUUAGUCCCACUCAUUCCGAAACAGCAGGUCCAGGUGGAACUCUUCAAACUCCCUCUGAUGGUAACAAAAAGUCGAACAACACUGGACCCAUCGUUGGCGGAGUGCUGGGAGGAUUGGUCGCCCUUCUUGUUGUUGGUUUCCUGACAUGGAGAUAUGUGAAAAAGAACAGGAGGUUCGAUGAUAUCUUUGAUCCUGUUACGCAGCCCAAACCGCACUAUCAGAAAGCUAGCAAGAUCUUGAAGGAUCCAGAGCCAAAGCCGUACACAUAUGGCCUUGUUGGGCAGAAUACGACUAAUCCCAUUGGGAUCAGUCCACCUAGCUCGCCUCCGCCUGGACAGAGUUCAUUUAACGACAUAGGCCAUCAAGGAGGAAAUGACAUCGGUCCUCAAGGACCAGGCAGCAAUGGAAUCGGACACAACCCAGGAGGAAGCAACGGUAUAGGCCCGCAAAACGGGAAUAACAUGGGCUAUCCACCGUCAGGCAACGACAUCGGUCUGCAGCCCAACAACACCCCUGUGCAACACAUCCGUAAUCCCUCGCUGACGCCGCUCUUGGCAGGCGCGGGGGCAGCUAUGGCAGCCUCGUCGUCGUCGCGGCCAUCUUCCGCCGACUCGAGUAUGCCCCUCGGCCCGCUCGUCACUCACGCUCCGCAACCCCAAACGUACCCGCCUAUGCCCCACAACCCUUCCUCCACCUCGAGCUAUCCGCCUGCCCUACAGAAUUGGAACAACGCUCAGGGGUACGCCGCGCAACAGCAGCAGGGAGUAUACUCUGGCUCCGCUCAGGGUUAUGGACCUGGGCCGUCCAUGGCUGGCCCGUCUUCCUCCUCGGCCGCAUCAAAUCCUCUCUCGCAGGGCGGCGGUAGCAUCAACAGCCUCGGCUCAGGGUCUACCGCACCGUCUUCUUGGGGUGGCGGUAACGCCGGCCCGCCACUCCCAACGAUGGUGCCGCUCAUCGCUUCCACCUCCCCGACGUCGGCGCAGAGGAACACAAGCUACGGCAGCGGAAGCGCGAGCAACAACCGCAUAUCUACUCUGCAACAAUACGAAGACCCGUUCGCGCGCUCGGGAAGCCCCGUCAGUCUCCAGGAGCCGCCGCGGAUUCUGCAAGUCACGAAUGCGGAGCCGGGGAGCUUGGAUGAGGGGUUCUAUGACCCGGCGGUGUAUUAUGCUGCGGGUACAGCUCCGUUAGGAGCCGCUCCUGGUUCGCCGAACGCGACGCAAGUAAGCUCGUCGUCGGCCAGUGGUGCUGCUAGUGGCCCCGGACGGCGGCUGAGUGCAAGAGCUGAGAAACAGGGGCUUGUGCAUCUUGAUGGAGGGCAGUACCAGACGCCUGCUCCCCAAGGUCCUCCUGCGUACACCGAGUCAUGA